GACCCAGGGGAAUUUAUAAGAUCUUAGUCUUCUUCCUGGCCUCCGCGGUCUGUUCCCUGCGCGACAAAAGUUCCGGGCCUUGUACACAGGGUGAGUGCGAGCCCAACAACACAGAGGCCUAUGCCAGAGUGUUGGAAGAGGAUGGAGAAGGCAAGACGCCUGCGGAUGCAGAGCCUGCGUCCGAGGUAGAAGAUGGGAUAGAAGGUUCAGAUCUGGACCUAGACCAGCCUCAACCUCGUUCUUUCCAGAUGUCUUUCGAAGCCCUUCAGUCACCGGGGGUGAAGCUGGAAACAAGCGUCUUUGGAGGUGUUGACGCCCUGCCGGCCACGAACAAAGCGCGUAAAAUCUUGGAUGGUCGGGUGCACCUGGUUGGGAUUGCGGAAAAGGAUGUAUCCCGUGCCAGCUUGUCUACUGUUCAGUACGAGUGGGUGCAGAUGAUACGGGGCAACAGAAGCUAUACUGUUACCUUCGAGUGCAGCGACGAAAACGCCAUAGCGUCAUUGCCGCUGGCAGCCAUUGGGCUGAUGCCCACGCUCAUCACAGAUUUCUUUGUGGCAUGUGUGGUAAGUGCGGCUUCGAAGCUUUGGAAGCAGACUACCAAGCACUGGUGGGUCCAAGCAAAUCCGGCGCUGAUUUUUGCUGCGUUCUCCGUUAAAGAAGUUAUAAAACGCGUUUUGUUCGACAGCCACCUGGGUGUGGCAAGCCCUGCUAUGGCUGCUAUGACUGCUGUGCACGUUGCAUUUCCAUUACUGAGCUGCUUGUCAAGUCUCGCUGUGCUGUGGGGCCUUCAAGCUACACCAGGCGUGGCAUUCAUAUCCGACACUGCGCAAUGCCCAGCUGAUCUUCAGAAAUCCUUGCAGGGAGAGUUUGCCACUGUUUCAUAUUUUCUUGGGCCCAGGCUUGGCAUGUUUACGCUUCUCUGGUGGUUGAUGCCGUGUUCUAUCUAUGCACUUGCAAACACAGAGCAAUGUUUCGAGCCGGCAUCGGCGCUUGCACACGUUUCCUAUUUGGCAGCUGGGUACCUGUUGGACAUCUUGGCCAGUCAGUUCUUGCUGGAGGCCGUAAUAGUGGCUCGCGUUGCUCAAGCUCACGUACGAACGACAAGGGACUCGCUCGACCUAAAACCGGAUGUUGACAAGUUGCAGACAUUCCACAAAGCCUGCGUGAGGCUUGUUGAUGAGAUCAUGCUAGAACUUGCCAAGAUCAGUGGGCCAACCUUAGGUUUGGCAGCAUGCAGAGCUGUUUCGGCCUGUUUCUAUGUCGUCGAGGUGGCACGCAAUCUUGCUUGGUGGGAAGAGCCAGGGGGCAAGUUCAUGGUGAUAACUUUGUUGAUGUCAAUUGUCAUUGACAUGCCAGUCGGUCUCUACUGCCUCUUGCUCCCUGCUAGCGUUUCAGAUGAGUGUGCGGAGUUGAUGGAGCAUCUCAACAAUGUCAGGGCACAGGAGGUUUCCAAAGAACUCAAGCCCGAGGUGGACAGAGAGAUCCGGCUAACCGAAACCUAUUUGAACAAGGCUUCAUCGGCUGGGUUGGAGUUUUGA